UAAAAACAGGUUGUUCUCUUGGUUUUUAAGGGGAAUUGGUAGUGUUGAUCUUUUCGACUAGUUGUUUAGUGGAGUGAACACAGACAAUUUGUUUCUUGCUGCUGACAAUGGCGAUCAAAGAUUCUGAGCUUGGCAAUUUGGUUGUGGCUUAAAGGCCUUGCUACAUGCUGGACAGCUGCUGAGCCAAGUGACAGACUUGUUUUAUUUUAUUUUUAUUUUUUGUUGUGCUUAUCACUCUUUUCAUACACCAUUUUCUUCACUCACUCACUCACUCAGGCCUCAGCCCCCACUCCUCCCUCCUCACUUGUCUCUUUCUUCUCUGCUCUUUGCUUUUUUGCCUCACAAGAGUGAAGAGAAGGAAGCAAAAAAGUAAAGGCGUUGAUGUGCUCCUCCUUGCUUCUCCUCAGCUCGUAAGGGGUGCCAAUCAAGAACUGCCUUCACAUGGGUUCCUCCCCUUUAGGGUUCUAACUUUCUGGUUUCUCCUCCUCUUUGAGAAUCUGUGGCUUCUUGUGGAGCAAGAUGAGAGCUUUAGCAGUGCUCACGCUCCUACUGGUAUUACUGAGUGGUAGCAGCUCUGUUUCAGCUGCUACACCUUCAAAAAUUGUCACUGCGGCUGUGUCCAAUGCGGCCUCUUCUAUCUUGAAGAGGUUAUGGUCACUGAAAUCUACCACAAAGACAGCAAUCCCUAGCCACCGACCUUCGAUGAAGUUCGAGAGCGGUUACACCGUGGAUACGGUGUUUGACGGAAGUAAGCUGGGGAUUGAACCGUACUCAGUAGAGGUGACACAGAGUGGAGAGUUGCUGCUUCUUGAUUCCGUCAACAGCAAUGUGUAUCGGAUCUCUCUGCCCUUGUCUAGAUAUAGCAGACCUAAGCUUGUCGCUGGUUCUCCAGAAGGGUAUGUUGGUUACGUUGACGGAAGGCCUCGGGAAGCAAGGCUGAACCAUCCAAAGGGCAUUACGGUUGAUGAAAGAGGAAAUAUAUACGUUGCAGAUACGAUGAACAUGGCAAUCAGGAAAAUUAGUGACACUGGGGUCACGACAAUUGCUGGAGGAAAGUGGAGUAGAGGAGCACAUUCAGACGGGGCAAGUGAAGAUGCAAAGUUUUCUACUGAUUUUGAAGUCGUUUACCUUGCAAGUAGUUGCUCACUUCUGGUGGUAGACAGGGGACACCAAGCAAUCAGGGAAAUCCAGCUUAAUGUCGACGACUGUGCAUACCAAUACGAAACUGGGUUUCCUCUUGGUAUCGCUGUGUUGCUUGCUGCCGGUUUCUUUGGCUACAUGCUAGCAUUACUUCAACGUCGUGUGGGACUGAUGAUCUCAUCAAAAGAGGAACAUCGAACAAAUUUUAUACAUGAACACCAAACACCCCUCAAGACGAUCGUACCUCCUUACCAGAGACAAAUGGCAUCCGUAAGACCGCCACUCAUACCCACUGGAGAAGAUGCGGAAAAUGCACAUGACGAAGGCCUCUUCACCUCCUCGUUGAAGUUAAUAUCUCGAACAUGGUUGUCCUCGGUUGAAAUCUUUGUUUCAAUGUUCCCAAUCUUCCGAAAGAAACCCAAACCCACACAGUUUCUGCAGCAGCACCAGAGGGUAAACACUUGGUCAAUGCCUGAGAGUUUUGUCAUUCCAGAUGAUGAGAUACCACCACCAGUGGAGGCAAGAGCUCCAACUCCACGAAAGACAUAUGCAUUCAUGUCGAAAGAACCAGAAAAGAUCCACCACAUCGGGCACCCUCGAACUCGUACUAACGGGUGGAACACAGAGCCACGGCAGCAGGUACAGCAAGUGCAUAAGCAGCAACAACUUCAGCAGCACCAGCAGUACUCAUCCAGGCCUCAGACUUACUAUGAGCAGAGUUGUGAAACAACUAAUGAGAUUGUUUUUGGAGCAGUUCAAGAAUUGGAUAGCAAAUGCCGGUCGGUGGAGAUCAAGGCUGUGAAUUAUGGGGAUCCAAUCUAUGAGCAAUUUGGUAUGCGAUACCGAAAUGGUUACAUGUGGUAUGGCAACUAUUAAGUUGUCACUAAAUUUCUGCCUUCAUUUCGUCGAACAAGAUUCAGCCAGCUUAUAUGUGGUCUCUUUCCUCUGUUACAUGUCCAUAGAAUGAGGGAAGCACCAAGAGAUCUAGAAACUUGGCAAAUAUUUGCAUUAUAUUCUGCUUGUAAGAGAAAUCUAAGUCCUUAACCAAUAUGGGUUUGUAAAUUUGGCUCGAUUCUAUCUGUUGUCGAUCUCUGUCUACCUUGAUCUUGCUUUCUCCAAGAAGUAAGAUCUAAUAAAAUCCAUUAGCUGGUAUGAAUGUGU